GGCAGUGUACGCCAAGACGCGGACGUGUACUAUAUCUUGGAAGUCUAUUAUUUUAGUUGCUGUUUAAAAAGGCACAGAUGCAGACAUGGCGGUGGUUGCCGCUAUUCUACUAGCAGCCACGCUUCUUUCCCCCGCCAUCGCCGACACGGUCACCUGGGGCAAAUACAAGCAAAACUUCAACGACACUCGCAUCCUGGGCCGAUUGCCCGACCACAAUGCUACCGAUUUAACAUUAGAACACUGCGAGAUCACGGAACUUAAACCCGGCGACUUCGACGGCCUCCCAAAUCUUACUGGCAUCGAUCUCAGCAACAACAAGCUCCAACAUCUAGAACCUUCCGAGUUCACCGAUGUCACACAACUGGGGGCGCUGUUUUUAACACAUAACCUUUUGACUGAAGUACCACACUUUUGGAAACUGUCUCUUUUCCCCAACAUGACGAUUUUAAGUCUAAGUAACAACAAAAUAUCUACACUAGACGAUCCAAAAACAUUUUCAUCCAUGCAUAGUUUAAAAAUAUUAAGUUUGCACACAAAUGGCAUUUCAUAUAUACACCCGGAUACUUUCAAACACUUGACCAAGUUGGAGAUCAUAUCUUUGCAUAAUAAUAAUUUACAACAUAUACCCGAUGGGACGUUCCAUGUGAAUUCUUUGAGGAUAAUAUUUCUGCAAAACAAUGUAAUAAGUUCUGUAGCACCAGAUGCAAUCAGCAGCAGUAAGCUCGAGAGUUUACUCCUAAAAAAUAACAAACUGAACUAUCUGCCUCCACGAUUUGUUUUAAAACUGAAGGAAUCUAGUAGUUCAUUCGACUUCUUUAGGUUCAAUGGGAACCCAUGGCAAUGCGCGUGUCUUCUAGAGGUGCUGGCGGAGGUGAAUCAAACUCGCGUUAGAUACAGCGACAAGGCUGAUAGCUGCAAGCAAGAUGCGGUCCCCUGUGAUCGGUCCAAGAAGGUGCUCAGUUGAUUUCUAAAUGUACUAAAGGAUAAUUAAAAAAGUCUAAUACAUAUAUGUAAUUAAAGAGUGAAAUAUCUGUGUGAUCGAUUAAUGUAAAAGUCAUCGUUAGAUAAAUAAUAAUUUCAAAUUGAUUAGAAGAAUUAAGAGAAGAAUAAGAUAUUUAAGAGAAAGAUCAAUAUUAUAAUAAAUUACAUAAGAAUUACUGGACAGCAAAAUAUUUAUGACUUCCCAUUAAUAUGUAGAAACGUACUCAAACUCGUAUUUUCAAAAUAAAAACGCUUUGUUAAAAUGAUAAUGUGUUAUUUACAUCGCAGACAGUAAAGCAAAUUGCUUAGUGCCCUGCUAAUCUCUGCCCCGACUUGCGGCUUGAACGAAGCACGCGGGCUUAGCCAACGUCCCUAAUUAGUGUCCUGUGUCUAAGCCUAGAUAAGUAGCUGCAAUUUGUGCCACUUUGCUACUGCAAAAGCCAACAUAUUCAUUCGAUAAAAAA